AUGGCCGUCGAUGUGUGGCUCCUCAGCAGAAGCCCAGCCGCGGCGUUCGCAGACGAUCCCCGCGUGCACUACGAUCGGAAUGCGGGGACGUGGCGGUUCGAGCAAGACGACGGGUCCGAGCUGGAGUACGACGGCGCGAAAGGCGCAUGGGUCCCGGUGCUGGACGAGGACCUCCUCAAGGCACAACAGGCCGCGUACUCGGUAGCGGGCGUCGAUGAAGAGCACCAAACGCGGCAAGGCCGACGGCGCGCCGCCGCCCCCUCGAAGAACACGGCGGUGUACGUGACCGGCCUCCCGCCGGACGCGGACGCGGACGAGGUCGCGGAGCGGUUCGGGCGGUUCGGGCUGAUCGAGGAGGACGACGGCGGGGACGCGAAGGUGAAGCUGUACGCGCGCGAGGACGGGGGCUUCUCCGGGGACGCGCUCGUCGUGUACUUCAAGCCGGAGAGCGUCGCGCUCGCGAUCACGAUGCUCGACGACGCGGAGCUGCGUGUGGGCGAGCCCGCGACGCGCAUGCGCGUGCAGCGCGCCGAGUUUGGGCACAAGCACGAAGGUGGGGGUGCGGGUGGGGGAGGCGGGGAGGGGCAGCAGGCGCAGGCGCAGGCGCGGCCGCGGAAGACGGUCACGGACAAGAAGCGGGCGACGCGGCGGAUAGGGAAGAUGCAGAGGAAGCUGGGGGAGUGGGACGACGAGGACGGGUUCGGGCCGGCGAUCACGGAGGAGGACAAGGCGAUCGCGGCGAGCAAGCACGAGCGCGUCGUCGUGCUCAAGCGCAUGUUCACGCUCGAGGAGCUCGAGGCGGACAAGUCGCUGCUGCUCGACCUGAAGGAGGACGUGCGCGAGGAGUGCUCGACGCUCGGGGAGGUCACGAACGUGGUGCUCUAUGAUGAGGAAGCGGACGGCGUGAUGACCGUCAAGUUCAAGGACCCACUCAGUGCCCAGGCAUGCGUCAUUAAAAUGAACGGCCGUUUCUUCGGCGGACGUCGGAUAGAGGCCUCGCUCUUCGCAGGCCGCCAGCGGUUCCGGCGGAGCGGCUACGGCGACAACUUCGGAAACGGAGACGAGAACGAGAAGUCGAGAUUGGACGACUUCGCAUCAUGGCUCAUGGCAGAGGGCGAGUGA